CACGGUUUGCACCGUGUGACCCACGUUUUUCACAGUUUGUUGUCAUUCAUAUUGAACCGCUGUUGUGGUUGAAUUGGGUCUAGAGAAGUUCGUUUUAUUUUUUUUUUCCGGCUUGUGCCAUUAGCUUAAGAUGAACUCCAAGACAAACGGAGAAGAAGAUGAAGAUAGUCUGUUUCUGGAACACGUUUUGAAUAAACUGUAUGACUUUGGUAAGUAACGGGCCAGCAUCAAAAAGAAGCUAAAGAAAAAACGAAAAAAGCAUCAGGAAGAGGAGGAUGAGGAGUUCCCUACAGUCAAGGAUAUCUGCAGUGACACUGAAGACAGCGGGGCAGAUCAUGUUGGUACUGAACAUCAGCAGAAACAGCCAAAGACUGAACACAGAGAUCCAACCAUCCCGCAGGUGAACCAGGUGGAGGUUGUGACAUUUCACGACCCCACAAAGAAACCGAAAACCAAGCAGACACCAGCCCCAGACAAAAUGCCUGCCCAGAUAACGGAGAAGGAGGAAAGGGACCAGCCAGAAGAACUUAAUUUGGAAAAGGCUCGUCUUGAGGUCCAUCGGUUUGGAAUCACAGGCUAUAAGAAAGAGCAGCAGCGUGUUUUUGAACAAGACAGAGCGAUCAUGCUGGGAGCCAGACCUCCUAAGAAGGACUAUGUGAACUACAAGGUGCUGCAGCAGAAGAUCAAAGAGAAGAAGCAGAAAGCAAAGGAGGAGGUUCAGCCGGACCUGAAGAAAAAGAAGAAGCCGAGUAAUCAAAGGGACAAGAAGAAGAAGGUGUCCUCUGGCUCUGGCACGGCCCCCACAGGCCAGGUGGGCCGCUUCAAGAACGGCAUGCUGGUCCUCAGCUCCAAGGAGAUCCAGAAAAUCAAAGGCAACAAGCGGCGCAAAUAGGCGUGGGUGAAGAUGAGGUUAAGUCCUUCAGGAUGGGAAAAUAUAACAGGAAGAACUGGUAUACAGGACUCCGUCAGUGACUCAGCUUACUGCAGGACUGUUUGCAGUGUUAUGAGGAAGUGGACGAGAGCUGAAUGCAACGUGAGCUGUAAGGCUGAUUUCCAGAGACGUCACUGGUCUGCAGUAAAAUAUGGGAGUCUUAUUUUUGACAGACUGCUGAGUCAAGAAUCCAGUUUAUCGAUCUCCAAAAUGGACCCUAAUUGUACACUGUGGCAGGACGUUAAUGCACAAAACUGGAGACUUUGUCAAAUAAUGUUCCAUCACAGUUAAUUUAUUUUGUUUUUAUAAAUGACCCCUCAAAAAACCCCAA